UCUUCUCCACCCCUGCUCCCCCUUCCCCUUUCUUGGUCUCGCUCCCCUUCUCCCCCUCCCCCUCUCCCACUCCGCCGCCUCGCGCAACGCUGCGGCGGCUCAGUGCCGUGCGUUGCGCGCACGACCGACCCGGCUGCCCACAGCAGCAGAUCGUCGCCAAAGCGAGCGAUGGUGUCCGUCGAGGACUUCCAGGCGCUGCUCGCCCGGGUCUCCGCCCUCGAGGGCUCAGGCGGCGAGGACGGCGGUGCCAAGAAGACUGGCGCCACCGACGCGCAGAUCCUCAAGAAGGUCUCGACCAGGUUGCAGGAUUUCGAGGCCCAGCUGACAGCCCAGCUGUCGAACAUGCAGGGCGACUUCGACAAGAAGCUGUCGCACGUGAGCCGCGGGGCAUCCUCCAUGAAGCCCCUGGACGGGGCGGGACCGUCCGCUGGGAUGGACACGAUGGCCGAGGAUCUGGACCAGCUGAAGUUCGACGUGGGGGAGCUGAAGGACCUGCUGAACAACAACAAGGGCGAAGUCAACCACGUCCGCCGCAUCGUGCUCGCUUGCGAACGAGACAUGGAGGACUUCACCGCAGCGAUGGACGCCGUGAACGUGGACCUCGACGAGAUGCGCGCCCGUGUGGACGCGACGCACUCCAUCAUCACCAGCAGGCAGCGCGUGGAGGCAACCAUGACGGCGGAGAUCUCGACCAUGCGGCUGGACAUCGGCGACAUCCAGGAGGCCCUCAAGAACCACGACUCCUGGAUGGAGGACGUGUCCAACACGCUGCAGCAGAUGCAGGAGAAGGAGGAGAACCUCACCGAGGAUAUCAUCAACCUGAAGAACGAGAUGAACACGAAGCUGGACACCAAGGUCGACAACGUGGCCUGGAAGGAGGCCAACGACGACCUCGACGCCGCGGUGAAGACCGUGCGGGACAUGGUCUCGUCGCUGAGGCUCGACGUGGACGCGCGGCGCCGGAAGGUCGACGAGAUCCUGGCGACCAUCAGGCACGACAUCACGGCCGUGGAGACCAACCUCGAGGAGUCGAAGGCGAAGAUCACCAGCGACACCGACCAGGCCGUGAACGCCCUCAACGGCAGGAUCGACUUCACCAACAAGGACCUGGCCGCCACCCAGGAGAGCCUGCACACCACGCAGAACUCCCUCAGCGACUGCUUUAACGAGGUGGCCGUGGUGAGGAGCGACCUGGAGCGCAACGUGGCAGACACGGAGGCGAGGCUCAAGAACGACGUGCGCCAGAAGCAGCAGGAGGCUUUCGAGAAGAUCUCCGCGGUGGAGCAGCAGGCCGAGCUCCGCAGCGCCGAGGCCUCGCGGCGGCUCGGCGCGCUGGACCUGCGCAUGAGCGGGGUGCAGGGCGGGCUAGGCGAGCACAAGCGAGACAUCCUGAAGCUGCGCGAGGAGGUGAACGGUCUGACGGUGAAGAGCGCCUCGCACGAGGUCGAUAUCCAGAAGAACAGUGAUGCGAUGCGGAAGAUGGAGAAGCAGCGCAACAUGGACGAGCAGAACUGGAAGGCGCAGAUGGACGCAGUCCACGAUGUGCUGGACACCAAGGUCAACGAGAAGCCCUUCGAGGACCUGAAGCACUGCACCGCCUCCCUGACCAAGGGCGUGGUGAAGUUCGCGCAGGUGGUCGGGGUCUUCCCCGGCCCUAAAUUCGACGACGCCGAGGGCGCGGACGGGGGCGAGGCCGACGUGGAGCUGCUCGGGUGGGAGGAGUGCGCGGAGAACAUGUCCUUCCGCGUGGACAAGGCCUGGCGCCAGAGGUGCUCGCAGCGCUUCCGCAACGUCCUCGACAUGGUCGCCAAGAAGGCCGACCACAGCGUGCUCCGCCUGCUGCAGAUCUCGCAGCAGCACAUCGAGUCCCAGCUGGAGCGCGUGAAGCACGAGCGCGAGCUGUGGAAGGAGGUGGUCGAGCGCCGCCAGCAGCAGCCGAUGCAGCUGGCGCUUGGCGCCAAGGAGACUGUUUUUUUUGCUCCGGCGAUCGCAUGGGUUAUCGGGCCCGCCCUCGAAUAUGGAGCGAGAGGGGAUCAAAGCAAUGCAAUAUCCGUGAUGGCUUCGCCCAUUGCCGCCUGCCCCCUUUCUUAUAGAAUGGGGCAUGCCAGAGCUAAGUUGGGAUGCAAGGGCGCCGUCGUGAAGCAAUGUCGGAACUUCACGCGAAGGUUAAUAUCGUACGUUACGGUUUGCGUUGCAGCACUGAAUCACGUUUCUCGAAUUCGGACGGUUCGCUUUGUGAAUUCGCUGACAGCCGUGAUCGCAAGCGAUGAGUUUGAGUUGGGAUGGAGCGACAAUCGUGUUCUUGGGCGGUGGGAAAUUUCAAAAGGCGUGAAAUUCAAAACCCUGCAAAGACCUCCAGGACAUCUAAGCUUUUUUGCUGCUUCAGGCUCUCCUGGCGGGCCUCUUGGAGCCCUCCUGGGCCCUCUUGGGGACCGCUUGGGCCGUUGUAGAAACGAGGAGGAGGCCUCAUGGGGGCGCCUCUUGGGGCCUCCUGGGGGCUCUUGUGGGCCUCCUGUGCGCUCCCUCUGA